AUGGUUCCAGAGCAGAAUAUUGCACAAUUUCUUGAGAACUUCAGUAAGAGCGAUAGAAUCCAUUUGAGAACAUAUAACAUGCUUUAUGAAUCAUAUAGAGAUCCCAAAAACCUACGAGAUCUUAUUUCAUUGCUUAUAGAUUCUGGUGUGAAUGUUGAAAACUUAAGUGUGUUGUUGGAGAACAUAAGGAUGAUGGAGGAAAGUGACAAAACUAGUUCCCACGCAUUAUUUGAUAAGACUAAGCCCAUAAAACACAGUUUUGAAAGCUAUGAAUCACCAAAUAUUGCUUCUGUAGACCUUUCCAAGAGACCAGAGCCUGUGUGUGGCAACUCUAUUGACACAAGUGAAUUACCAUUGAAGAAGAGUAAGGUUGAACUGGAAGCUGGUGCUGAAGAAUUAAGUAUUCCUGGGUUGCUACUUGAUUCGGACCGUGAUGACAAUGAAUUAAAGGAAGUUUCAGCAAAGAUUAGUGUU